AUGGCUGCCCCUGCAACGGUCGACGCUGCGAAUGGCGCCGGCGACGCUUCUGCAGAUGUGAAGGCCUCCUCGCCCAAUGCCAAAACCGACUCUUCCCAGCCCGCUCCCACUGCGACGUUCCCGCCCCCUAAAACUGAUAAGCCAAGGCCACACGUGUGCGGCACCUGCGGUCGCUCGUUCGCGAGGCUCGAGCAUCUGAAGCGUCACGAGCGCUCCCACACAAAAGAGAAGCCCUUUGAGUGCCCGCAAUGUACCAGGUGUUUUGCCAGGCGCGACCUGCUAUUACGGCACCAGCAGAAGCUCCACCAGGCUGGCGCUGCCUCUACCCGGCCCAGAAAUGGUCGCCGCGAGAGUACAACAGGCAUCCCACCCAACGGUACCGCCAACAGAGUACGCAAGAACUCGAUCGCAAGCGGCGCGAACGGAGCCGUGGGAGCUGGAGGACCUACUGCACGCCCGCGAGCGAACACAAUAAGUCACAUCGAUGCUGGUGCUUUGAACAACCUGCUGGCCGCUCAUAACACCACCUCUGCGAGAAGCCCCGGUAUCCCUAUGGGCCACGGCCACGGCCAUGGUCACAGCCACCACCCCAGCCUUUCGGGCUUCCCUGGCUCGCACAACUUUGACUUUCGCGGAAUGCAAAGCACAAUGGACCACUCAAAUCACCACGGCUUGCCCAAGAUUGACACGCAUCUGGGCAUGGGCCUUGGUGGCGGUCUGCGGACGGCCCCCAUCCCAGGCUUUGAUCACAUGAUGGAUCUGGACAAGCUAUUCGCCUCUGGCUCGACCAUCAACCCGGCACAACUGCACUUCAGUGGUUCUCUGGGUACGCCGGCGUCUCCUUUCGGCACAUUCCCCCCUUUCUCUGCCGGUGCUGGUAUCGAGGAGGAUGAGUUCGACUGGAUGGCUGGCUUGGACAGCUCCCUGAAUCUGAAUGCUGGCUCCAACGAGAACGCCGUGGACGAGUCUUCUCCUUCGGCAAUCAGCACUGCGAGCCAAAGCGGUUUCAGCGAGGUCAUGCUUGACGGUUCGAAUCAGCCUUCGCAAUCCACAAGCUCUAUGUGGCAGGGUUCGCUGAAUGCAACCUCGAUGAUCGAUACUAGCUCAAUAUCGCUGGACGCUAUGAACGCCGUCUUUCCAGAGCUCAUGGACCCCCUGAGCACCGUCUCCCCCAAGCAGCUGCAAGACCAGAACAACGGGCAAGACAUGUACUUCUCCUCGCCUCCGCCGUUGAACUCCAUGAGUCCUACUGCGGGCAUUCCUGGAAUGCCGAACCAGUACUUCCACCCACCCACGACUUUCACAUCUGAUAGCACAAGUAUAGCUUCCUCUUCAGUCAACGGCAGCGCUCGCCAGAGCUCGGUGACGUCCGUCUCAACUGAUUCAAUCACUGAUGCCACUCGACAGUCUCUCCUCAUGAGCUUGUCGCAGGCGAUGAAUUAUAGUUCCAACCAACGGAAAUAUUCUCAGCCGGCCAUCAGCUCACCUCUAUCGCCCGGCCUCCCUGCCAUGUCAUCGGCGCAGCUGCCUUCGCUGCCAAGCACCAGUGACCUCCAACGGUUCGUCAACGCCUAUAUUCAAUAUUUCCAGCCGCACAUGCCUUUCUUGCACAUUCCAACCCUUUCCUUCGACUCUUCUCUGUAUUCGACCAAUCCGCGCGCUGCAACAUUCGGCCACGGAGGUACCAUUGGCGGUGGCGAAUGUCUGAUUCUGGCCAUGGCUGCUAUCGGCGCGUUGUACGAAUUCGAACAGGCUGCCAGCAAGGAGCUGUUCGAAGCCGCGAAGAAGAUGAUUUUGUUCUAUCUUGAGGAACGUCGACGCGCAGAUCUUGCAGCGGCCGUGAACGGCCUGAACCCCAUGCACGAGACCAACCACACAACCCCCCUCUGGCUUGUGCAGUCGAUGCUACUCAACCUCAUCUACGGCCACCAAUGUGGCGACAAGCAGGCCAACGAUGUUGCGUACACCCACUGCGCUGCUCUAGUCAGCUUGGCGAAGGCCGCAAACCUCGACCAGCCCGCGGACGAGACUGCCAAUGGAUCAAACGCGCGUAACCACGGUGAUGGCGACAUCGACAUGGGCGACGACGGUCAAGCUCCCAAUCAAUGGGUCAGUGUCGACGAGCACUCCCAGUGGAUGCGUUGGAAGACACAAGAAGAACGCAAGCGGACCCUGUACGCCGUGUUUGUGCUUUCAAGUCUCACGGUUAUCGGGUAUAACCACGCUCCAAGGAUUUUGAAUUCAGAGUUACACCUGGAUCUUCCGUGCGAGGAGGACUUGUGGGCCGCUGAUAGCGCCCAAGCGUGGGUGGCAAUGGGUGGUCAACAAGUCGCUAGCCAGAAAGGUAUCGCCUUUGCUGACGCGCUGACUCAUUUGCUUACAGCAAGUGAGCGACAGCGUUCCAGUGCGCAGAACUAUCCCGACGAGCUUGGUGAGAGCGUUCUCAAGCCAAGUACUUUUGGUUGCUACGUCUUGAUCAAUGCUCUCCACGUCUACAUCUGGGAGACCAGGCAGCGUCACAACGGUCGGCAAUGGACCACCGCCGAGACGGAGCAGAUGCACAAUCAGAUCGAGCCAGCGCUCAAAGCGUGGCAAGCUGCUUGGAGGGCCAAUCCGCACCACAGCCUAGAAAGGCCGAACCCCUACGGACCUCUUCCAGCUGACAGCAUUCCUCUCUUGGAUCUUGCCUACGUGCGUCUGUUCGUCAGCCUUGCUCGGUCGAAAGAAGGCUUCUGGGCCCGCGACUUCGACGCCAUGGCUGAGGAGCUGGCAAGGGGCGACGAGAUCAUUCAGCACGCUGAGAUGGAUUCGGAUAGCUCGUCCGACGUCCACUCUAACCGGAGCACCGCGCCGAACAGCUCCCCAGGUGGCAUGAAUGGCGUCGGUCCAGAUUUCUCUGAUUCCGGGAUGAUGCCGAACGGCAGUUUCUCUUCGGCCAAAUCCUCCAAGCGUGAACGCCACCUCCGCAAGGCUGCAUUCUAUGCUGCUGAUUCGCUUUCAAUGUCAGCCAAGCUCGGUGUCACUUUCGCCGACUUCACUUCGCGAGAGCUUCCCAUUCAGUCUGCCAUGUGCACCUUUGACUGCGCGCAGGUGCUUGCGGAGUGGGUUGCAACAGUCCAGGAGCGUGUUGGUCGUUACAUGGGUAUUCUGGGCAAGGCCGAAGUCGACUACAAUCAGGUCCCUGCAAUCAUGCUCCUGGAAGAAGAGGACACCAAGCUCCUGCAGAAGGUUGCUGAGAUUUUGGACAAUGCGGAGAUGAAGAUUACCUUUGAUACUGGAAGUAUGGGCUCGUCGGCUGGAGUUGGCCUCCCGGCGCUCAACAAUUAUGGUUACGGAAGCAAGCUCCUCAUGGUUACGGCCUACAUGAUGGAGCAUGCUGCCGUCUGGCCCGUUACUCAUGUCAUGGCGCGCGCUCUCGAAGCUCACGCUAAUCACGUGCAUGCCAGAGCCGAGAGCUCCAUCACCGCCUAA